AUGCUCCGCCUGAUCCUUCACGAAGCUGUACGUGCGUCCAGAAAGAUCUCCGAACACCUCACAACCUCCUCGUCGGGUCAGAAAUUGACUACCCCGCUAGCUAUUUCCAGUGACAAAGUAGCCGUUCCUGUUGCGCUUGGUCAUUACGAGGACAACAUUGAUCUAAUACAGCAGAUAUCGGAUACGCAAAAGACCAACGACGGAGUGGCCAUCGCGUUGUACGGUCUCAAUGCUGCUCGACAACAAUUCCAGUUGCACGGAAGAGAGAAUGCAACUCGUAUUGUGAUAAUGAUAACGAAUGGCAGGAACAGAGGAAAUGCAGCACCGGCGGCUGAAGAUCUUCGAAAUAUUUACAAUGUUCAGUUGUUCAUUCUGGCAGUUGCAGCCGAUGCCGAAGGACUUGCAACAUUGAAACGCAUAGCCGGUAAUGUUUUCAUGAGAAUCUCUGAACGUUCAUGA